AUGACAAAAUUGGGUGUCAGCAACGGGAAGGCGAGUCAGCCGACGAAGAAGACGAAGAGAAAGAUUUCAGAGGCAUCCCCUUCAAAGCAAAAUGGCGGAACUGCCGAGCCGAAGAACAAGAAAAAGGUCAAGCUCGAUUCGACACUACUCUCGCAAAACGGCGAGGGAGACGGGCUAAAGAAGAAGAAAAAGGUGAAGAAGGCGGCAGUUGCAGAGCCGGAAGUUGAGAAGACGUCAGCGCCUAAAAAGAAGAAGAAGUUGGUCAAGGCCGCGCCCGAAGCCCCGGUCAAGCCCACCAAGAAGAAAAAGAAGGUGGUCGCUGCAAAAAAGAAAGAGCAGCUUCCGCUUGGCGAUUCUGAGGAUGAUGAUCAGGUCGAGAUGGAUACAAAUGGUCAUGGAUUCGGGCUGCCUGGUUUGGAGGGCGAUUCUGACGACGAGGCCAUGGAGGAUGAUUUCGGGGACAGCGAUGCCGAAUCGGGCUCGGACUCUGAUGAUGACGACGAGGACAUUGAGCAGCAAUCAAAGCGUAUUGAUGCCAAGAAAAAGAAACAAAUCGCCGAGGGCGAGGCCGACCUGCAGCUGAACAUCACGAAUUCCGGCGCCCCCAUCUACUCGCUGCCGCACAUUGAGGAGGUGGAGAAGGAGCUGGCCACCGCGCCAAACCUCGAGAACAUUAAACUCCGCAUCACCGAAGUGCUGCAGGUGCUCGGCGACUUCAGAAAUCGACGACAAGACGGAAAGAGCCGCCAGGAUUAUAUUGAUGUCCUCACGAAAGAUUUGUGCACCUACUACGGCUACAACGAGUACCUCAUCGGCAAAUUCAUGUCGCUGUUCCCGAAGGGGGCCGAGUUGAUGGAAUUCCUGGACGCCAACGAGCAAGCACGCCCGGUCACCAUCCGCACGAACACGCUCAAGACGAGAAGAGGAGAACUGGCGAAGGCGCUGAUCAACCGCGGUGUGAACGUUGACCCGGCCGCCAAGUGGACCAAGGUCGGACUCGUCGUCUACGAUUCGCAGGUUCCAAUUGGUGCCACCCCCGAAUACCUUGCCGGCCACUACAUGCUCCAGGGUCUCUGCUCCUUCCUGCCCGUCAUGGCGCUCGCACCACAGCCGGGAGAGCGAAUUUUGGACAUGGCCGCUGCUCCUGGUGGUAAAACCUCACACAUUGCUGCCCUGAUGAAGAAUACUGGCGUGCUGUUUGCCAACGAUCCGAACAUGGAACGUUGCCGGGCCAUCAUCGGCAAUCUGCACAGGCUGGGCGUCAACAACUCGGUCGUCUCCAACCUCGACGGUCUCGAGUACUCCAAGGUGCAACCGCAAGGCUUCGACCGUGUGCUGCUCGACGCCCCCUGCUCCGGCACGGGAGUCAUCUGGAAGGACCAGAGCGUCAAGGCCAACAAGGGCAGCCAGGAUGUGCAGAGAAGGCACACGCUGCAACGUCAGCUGAUCCUUGCCGCUCUCGAUUCGAUUGACGCGAAUUCCCCGACGGGGGGCUACCUCGUCUACUCGACGUGCUCAGUGCUGGUUGAAGAAAACGAGGCGGUCGUCAACUAUGCCCUCAGCAAGCGCCACUGCAAGCUCGUGCCCGCCGGCCUUGAUAUUGGCAUCGAGGGAUACACAAAAUUCCGCGAAUACCGUUUCCACCCAUCGCUGUCACUCACCCGCCGCUUCUACCCCCACGUCCACAACAUUGACGGCUUCUUCGUCGCCAAGAUCAAGAAGCUCAGCAACGCCAAGACGGGCGGGACGAAUUUGAAGGAUGAGCGAAAGGAGGCCCUGGUCGCCGGAGAAGAGGCCCCGGACGGUGUCGCCCCGACCGGCUCGGCGAGGAAGAACCAGAAGCUGAAGAACGCCGAGAAGCACAACAAAAAGAUCGAGCAAAUGCGGGAGGAUGACGGGUUCAAUACGAAAGGCUGGGUGCCGAAAGCGCGACGCGAAGCCCCGACGCACAAAGUGCGCAUCAACAAGCGAUCGCUGGCCAAGACGAGCGGCAAGUCGGUGCGGCAGAAGCGCAGAAAGAUGAUGGAGAAGCGCAACCGGGGCGCCCAAUUUGCCGAA